AAACCCCGGGAUGGGAUUCCCAGCGCCGCUUCCCGGCAGGAGGAGGAGAGCCAGCUCCACCAGCUCCAGCAUGAGGGCAGUCCUGGUCCUGCUGCCGCUCUUGGCCGCUGCACAGGCGUUACACCGAGGGAAAGCUUAUGUCCGGGAGAAGGUCUGCCAGGAGUACAAGAUCCUGGGCAAGGAGAACUUCAGAACCCUGACCAUCAUUGACACCAGCCGGAAAUAUUCCAACGGCACCUUCCAGGAGAUCGACCACCUCGUCCGGGACAUCGUCUCCCUGGUCGAGACCUGCUGCGCCGACGGGGCUGACCCCUCCUGCUACGACGCCGGGUCCACGGCGCUGUCGGAGAAGUCCUGCCGGGCGGACUCGCCCUUCCCGGCGCAUCCCGGCACGGCGCAGUGCUGCGGCCAGCAGGGGCUGGAGCGCAAGCUGUGCCUGGCCGCCCUGCGGCACCCGCCCCCGGCCCUGCCCCGGUUCCUGCAGCCCUCCGACAGGGAGCUCUGCCACGCCUUCCGCCUGCAGCCCCGGGAAUUCGCCGACAGGUUUCUUUACGAGUAUGCCAGCAGCUACAGCCAGGCUCCCCUGCCUGUGCUCCUGGCCUCCACCGGCACCUUCCUCUCCAUGGUCUCCACCUGCUGCACCUCCCCUGCACCCACUGCCUGCUUCCUGAAGGAGAAACUGGAGAGGAAAACCAUCUCCCUGCUCACCCUGACGUCAAACCGGAUCUGCUCCCGCUUCUCGGCCUACGGCAAGGACAAAGCCAGCUUCAGCUCCCUGGCCUCGCUGGCCCAGAAGGUUCCCAGUGCCUCCUUCGAGGACCUGCUGCCCCUGGCCGAGGACGCUGCCGAGGUGGCUUCCCAGUGCUGUGACUCCAUGGCCGAGGACUGCAUGCAGAGGAAGCUCUUGGAGCACACGGCCAGAGUCUGCUCGGCGCUGUCGGCGCGGGACGGGCGCUUCGCCGGCUGCUGCAAGGGGAAAAACCUGAUGGAGAACCAUUUCUGCAUCCUGGCCAUGCCCCCUGCUCCGGCUCCCAGGCUGCCAGAGCCACCAGAGCCGACCAAUAAGGAGCUGUGUGCCAAGGAGGGGGCUCUCCAUGCCACCAGGUUCCUGUUCGAGCUGGCCCGGAGGCACCCCAGCCUCCCCGAGGCCGUCCUCGCCAAGCUCUUCGACUCCUCCGGGAAACUCCGGCAGGAAUGCUGCUCCUCCAAGGACCCCUCCGCCUGCUGGGACAGCAAGCGCCGGCGGAUCGAAGCAGAGCUGUUCCCGUUCCUGGCAAAGGCCGACCAGCUCUGCGGGCAGUACCACAAGCUGCCAUUCCUUGAGUUCAAGAAGAGCCUGCGGGACAGCCUGGCCCAGGCCGAGCCCAGCCCGGCGCAGCUGGAGCAGCUCCUGGAGCAGCGAGCGUCCUUCGCCUCCUCCUGCUGCCUCCCGGACGCCCCGCCGCUCCUCUGCGCCUCCAAGGUGAGCUCGGAGCUGGGCGAGCUGUGCCAGGAGGAUUCCUGCCUGCUGGGAUAGGCUGCCGGCGGCAGGGAUCGCUUCUCCGGGGAUCGCGCACGGAUGGAGCGGGACCACGAGGCGGAGCGCGGGACGGGACAUCGGGAGGGAGCAUCGAGGAGCUGGGCUGGAGCACGUCCGGCAGAUGGAGAGUGUCACCGAGCCCACAGCCGCCCUUGUAUUCCUGCAGCCGAAAUAAAGACAAAAAUGCCCUGCA